AGAGUUGACUGCAGAACUCCUGUUUCUCUUGUCUCGGCCCUCGCCGACGACCGAACCAAGAGAGAUAUCGAGAGCUCUUUCUGACUGACUCCACGAUUCAUCCUCGUAUCGUAUCGCGGGUGCCUGGGGGAGGAAAGGUGGAGACAAAAACGUUUGUUUGCGCUGAUAUCCACGACCAAACAUAUCAAAGAGGAUUCCAAAGGUCAAUAUCAUUUGAAUCAUACGGCAUACGACAAAGCUUUUAAAGAAACGGAAUCUGAUACACAAAACCGAGUCACCGACAAAUCAAGCGCCCGUCAUGGCUGCUGCGACCGUCGUCACCGAAACGACGGACCCCUCGUUCGUCAAACUCCAGCUACGGACCGCUUACGGGCCAGUCUAUCGGGACGUGCUGGCGAGUCCGCCACGUGAAGCUCGAAACGACGAGAUCCCCUUGAUCGACAUCGGUCGGAUCUACAGCGACGACCUGGAGGACAGGAAGAGCCUGGCUCGAGAGAUCAAGCACGCCGCGGAGAACACGGGAUUUUUUUACAUCAAGAACCACGGCAUUCCGGAAUCCGCCAUCGACGGGGCACUCAAAGCCUCCAAGUCCUUCUUCGCUCAACCCGAAGACGAGAAACAAUUGGUUUCGAAAUCAAAGGGGAAGUAUUACAACGGCUACAGUGGGAAUGGAACCGCCAUGGCUAGUCCUACUGAAGGACUGGACUAUCGAGAAUCCUUCAGUUGGCGUUACGAACCGCAAUACGACCCUGACCCGAAAGACCCUGCCAAUGUACCCGCGGAGGUCCUCCCUUACAUCCGAGGCGAAGACUACGUCUGGCAGGGGACGUCCCACCUGCCCGGUUUCAAACCCGGUUGCAUCACUUACUGGCAGGAAUGCGUGAAGCUGGCGCGACGUCUCGUCCGAAUCUUCGCCUUGGCCCUCGAUCUGCCCGAGACCUACUUCGACGGCGUCACCACGUACCCGGGGAGCGACGGGGUCUUCAAUUACUAUCCUGCCAUGACGGCCGAGCAGGCCUCGGACAGCCGCGACGUCGGCCUCGGUUCCCACACGGACCUGCAGUGUUUCACCUUGCUGUGGCAGGACAUGAACGGCGGCCUGCAGGUGCUCAACAAGGACGGACAGUGGAUCAAGGCGUCACCCGUCCGGGACACCUUCGUCGUCAACAUAGGUGACUACCUCAUGCGUCUGACGAACGAUCGUCUCAAGUCGACGGUGCACCGGGUCUUCAACAGAUCCACCGUCGAUAGAUAUUCCAUGCCGUUCUUUUUCGGAUUCAAUUUCAAUGAAAAAUGUGGUGUCCUACCGAGUUGCACCGACGAAAACAACCCGCCGAAAUACGAACCCAUCUCCUGCGCCGACUGGUGUCAGUUGAGGUUCCAACAGACGGAUGUGGAGGGCAAGGCAGCGACGACCGCUACCGCCACAGCCGCUGCGUAUUGAGAAGAUACACAUCUAUAUAUCAUAAAGAUGAGGCAGGACAGGACAUGAUGGGGAUCAUGAUGAAGAUGAUGAAGAUGAUGACGACGACGACGAUGGUGCUGAAGGAGAGUAUAGA